GCUUUCGCUUGACUCCCUUGUCCUAAUUCGAUGGCGACGAAUUCCUCGGUCUGCUACUUCCCUAAUCAUGUCACCAACGGAGACGACAUUAGCAACAUAAAAUUCGUGCCUUGCGAUCCAGCAGCGUCCGUAAGCGCCUGCUGUGUGGCUGGAGAAUCAUGCACUGGAAGCGGACUUUGCUAUAGCGAUUCUGGCGCUGUCUAUCGCGGAGGAUGUACUGACAGGAAUUGGGGAGACGCUUGCCCACAGUAUUGCUCAGAAGACGGCACAGGUAUGCAAGCGGGCUCGCAGGAUAGUUUUCAAUUUCUCUCGAACUGCGUAGGCACUACCUUUGUUUGUGGGAAUAUAAAUGGAUGCGCAAACUCGAACCUCACUUUCCCGCACACCAUUGGCCCGAUUAUGCAGGUCAAUAUCACCGGAAACUUUUCUCGAAGCCAAGAUAUUAGCUUAAUACCGUCGUCUUGUCCUACCGCACCCCCAUCUACCUCACCAUCUGAGAUUUGCGCCCCGAAAUGGCGCGACUCGCAUUCUACAAGGACCGUUGGAGUUGCGCUGGGAGUCACGCUUGGGGUCUUGUUGCUCUCAGCGAUUGCGUGGGCGCUGUGGGAGCGACGAGGUAGAACACGACUUAUGAAACGGAAUGUUGGCGCUGGAGCCGAAUUUGCAUCUGCAAACGAGUACGUCUAUAAACAAACUCCAUUGGUUGAGGUUGAGGAUCAUCGACAGGUGUUGGAGAUGCCGGGGAGAUGAUUUUGGUUACCAGUCUGAUUUGAAGGGUGAUGGAAGUGGCGUUGAAUGAUCGGGGUUUCGAACCGCAAGGAUCGCAAGUAUUUUCCUCGGGUGGGGACAAAUGCUUGAGCCACAGUCGAAUGUUGGGUGUGGGCCUCAAAGAGCGUAAUGAGGGGAAUUUGGUCUCUACAAGCCCCCAGGUCGUCUUCCAAGGGGAGGAAAUUUCCUUUCUUCACCGAAUAAUCUAUACCUUAGAGACCUCGAAACAGGAGC